UCUCUCAGAGACAGGUACUUGUUUGUUAUGAGAGCUCAAAAGCCUCCGAGUGCAGUAGUACUUGCCAGAGCUAAGAGCUUACUGUGUACUAUGGCCACCCGACCCCUGCUCAAGAAUUUACUACUACAACACCACCGUGGACGAUGUAUCCACACCUCCCAUCCUUUCCCCCUAUCCUCCCGGCAGGCCCACCCUCCUCCUAACUAACCACGAUAUAGUAAGGUGACAAUUACCCUGCCUGCUCCACAGUACCCAUGCAAAACCUAUCACUCGUAUACAUUUGGCAGUUGGCACUCCUUUGAGCAACACGAGCACAGGCCUCCCUGCUGCUCUUUCCAUUCCCUAGCUCCCUUGUCUCUCCCCUCCCCCCAGUUCCUCUCUCCUUGCCAUCGCCGAGGAAGAGUGCUGAGAGGGUUCCCCAACCUCAUUGCUAGCUAGACCAGCUUAGACACCAGCCAGUUACUUUGUACUGCAAAUUAAAUUAUUCUCCACAAAGACACGAGAAAUUCUGUACCUUCUUCCUCCACCUGGCUUGCAUGGGCAGCGGCAGCGAAGGCGGCAGCGGUGGCGCCGCGGCGAGCGUUCGGGAGCCUCACGACUUCAGCAACGUCGCGUCCUUCUCUGAGCUGCCGUUCCUGCGCUCCGCUCCUCUUCGUGAAAGCCCCAACUCCGGUAUCCGCAUCUUCGGCAUUGACGUGCCGCAUUCGUCACCGGAGAGCAAGGCUAAAGAAACCACAGCCACCACGGCCGCCGCCGCCGCCGCCACGCAAAGCAGCAGUGGCGGCGCCGCUCCCACCGACAGCAGCCGCAAGUUCGAGUGCCACUACUGCUGCAGGCACUUCCCGACGUCGCAGGCGCUCGGCGGCCACCAGAAUGCGCAUAAACGCGAGCGGCAGCACGCCAAGCGGGUGCAGAUGCAGUCGGCGAUGGCCGCCGCAGCGGCGGCGGCUGGCGGCGCGCACCACCACCACCUCCUCGGGUACCCGCAGCAUCGCUUCGGCGUGGCAGGCCCUACGGUGGCGACAUUGUACCCCUCCUGGCACACAAUGAGGGCUCCAGGCGCCGGCGCCGGCGGUGCCGUCGCCAUCGGCCCGCAGUUCUACAGCGGGGUCGGGUCGAUCGCUCAGCCGAUCAACGGGAACCCCCUGACGGCUGGGCUCUGGAGAGGACCGCCUGCUGGGCACGGGAACACGAGCAUGCCGCCGGCUGGAGAGCGGCGGCCAGUUGCACUGUCCGUGUUCCGCGAAGAUGAGCCAAGGGCUUCAACGUCUCUUUUGGCGUCACCCUCCUCUUCUUCCUCUUUGCUGCUGUCUCCACAAGGUCAGUUUGUUUGUGAGCAGCCGGCAACCACCGCAGCCGAAGGCGUGAGCUUAGAUUUGCAUCUAUAAUUGUUACCUUUUCUCUGCUGCUUUUAGCGGAUCAACCCAAGAACUCAUUUCCGUUACCUUUCCCAUAUCUACGAUUACUCUUCACUGGGCCCAGAUCUUGCCUUAUUUUCUGGCAUAGUGCAAAAGAAGUCCAUUUAUCAAAGUAUGAAUCUUUUAUUUGCGUGUGUAUACAUAUAGAAAGAUAUUCAGAUUAUAUAAUUAGGGUUUCGGGUUUUACCAUUCAACACAAGACAUCAAUGAAUUUCAACUAGGCAACAUGUACAUACUCAACUGUAGAUUUCAGGAAACUUACAAUGUUCUAGACUCUAGAGAAAAUAGGCUAACAUCGAAAAGUUUCUUGUUUAAUUCAUAGAAGCAUCCUAGGCAAAAACAGACUGCAGGCUACAGUAUCUUUCAAUAAAUACCUGGGUGAAUUAAUACCCCACAUAGAUAAAAACAAUAUCUCAGAUGACAUAAUGGAACAUGAUCUAUUUAUUGUAUUAUGAAAUAUUAUACCUUUUAUGUUGCUUUGCUAACAGUCUGCAUCUGUGUGCAUACUAUGCACGCUAGCUAGAAAAGAUACAUGAACAAAAGGUGAAAUAAUAAAAGAGAAAUUGAAGGCCCCCACAAGUUAUACCUUGUAGCUUUGAAUAAUUGAACGUAUAGAUAUACAGUUACUGCUCCAUGCUGCAUAGGCAAUGAGGCAGUGCUUUAUAAUAUAUAUUAAGAAUAUCUGCAGCUGAAGCUAAAUAUAUAAUUAUAUAUACAGAUAUUAAUGACAGCUGAACGGAGAGAGAUCAUAAAAAACAGUGUAAGCUCUUAUCAGUUGACUUCCGGAAAGUUUUUUGAUAGUGACUUCUGAAAAGUUUGAAGAUGUGCAGUGUUGACUAUAUAUAUAUCUAAAAGGUUGAACAUAUAAUUUUAAAUUCAUCAGUCCUACAAAAGAAUCAAUUAAUAUUAUAUAACAAAAAGAUUAAAGCGUCUACACACUUGCAACAAGGAAAGGCAAGGAAAGUACAAGUAUGAAGAGGGAGCAGAAGGGAUAAAGAGUGCAAAUUGACUAGGCACAUGAGAAAUGACAGAUCAAGCUGGUCAUAAAAAAAUGACCAGAUCUGAUAAGGCCAACCACCCCCGGUUACUCCCACACUAAUUCCAACCAAGAUUGGCUUCGUACUGUUAGUGACAUAUAACUGGGAUUACGGCCACUUAUCUCCUGCAACUUAAUUUUGCCCUAGCUAGGAUUUCGCCCUCAACGAAGCUCUAAACUGUCGGGCUGAAAGGAUAGCCUUAUCUAAUGUCUAGUGAUAGUAAGAACGAAGGCCUUGUGCUUGUUGUGGGGUUUUCUCUGGCUGAAGAACUGUUGUUUUAUUCUUUGAAUAUGCAAGCUUUAUAUUGUAUAAAGGAGGAAGGCAACAGUAGAAUACAGCACAAAGGCACCCAGAAUAUAUACUGGAAACACGAAUAAGGCUCCACAAAAAAUAUAGCAACAGAUUUUUUUUAUUAGCAAAUAUAUAGACCAAAUGUUACUUAUCAGCUGGACUAGUAUAAUCUGGUACUUGAACCCAUGAGACAAUUGGUUAUUUAACUGUAUGUAUUAUGAAAAUGGCUAUGGAGUAAAUGAAUGUCAACCAACCAUGGAACAGGUAGCUGGCACCCAGCUUCCUGCCUUAAGCAAGUGGUCUCAGAGUAGGAUAUCAAAUGAGUGUCCUGCUUUGGAGCUUUUAACGUUCAAUGUUAUCAUUUUUGAUGUUGCUGCUCCUGUUUCUGCUGCACUGCUGUUCCUGUCACUUUUUUUUUGUGGAGUGGAAACAAUAGGAGACCCCUACUGUCGUUCCUGUCACUAUUGUUGGUGAUAGAUCCAAUGCAACUUCAGGAUGUGUCGUUUUCUCCCUCCUGCAUGCAAAUACGAACUGCCUACAAGAUUCAAAAAUAUUGGGGACAGAAUCUAGCACUUUUAUCUUGCAUGCAGGAAACCUUUGUACUAUUCUUGGAGUUUGGACAUGCAACAUCUUAUUUUAUCAAGCAAAUCACCAAUGAAAUGAACACCAUGAAUACUCUACUGCCAAAUGCCAAGGAGUCACAAUUUUGGUUAAAGAUGCAACCGGUACCAUCAGAUAAAAAAAAAUCUAAAGCAGGUGCGACUAUGAAGGUUGACAGCAGAGUGAGGAAAAGAAGGAAACACCUAGAGGCAACAUUUCAGGCACAAACCUCCCAUCAGGCCAUCACCAGCAGUUUCCCAAGACAUGAUUGAAAUUGCAACCCUAGCUAGUCCAAUCGCUUCUACCUGUGCUGCAACUGUACUACCCCCAUGUUAUAUACUACAGCUAGACUUUUGCUCCUAGACCAUAUAUAGGUCCUUGCCUGGACAACACGCCUUUCUUUUCUCCAAUAUUGCAACCACACAGAUUUGUAUCUUGUACUGCAUGUAUAGCUCACUCAGUCUGUACUGAAUCUAGCUACAUAAAUAGCCUAAAUAGGUGCGCACCACCUAUCUUUGCCUAUGGGCAAAUAGAGUCCAAUCUAAAUUGUAAUGAUAAUUGAAAAGUAAUGUUCAAUCUAAUUAAAUGGUA